AAUUAAAUUUACGUCGCAUGUGUCGUAGUUUCAAGUAAAGUUGUGGUGGUUGGAUUUAUAAAAAUGACUUUAUACUUCAUCAUCUUUCUUCUUUUUUCUGUUUAUAUAACGGAACUUACAUCUACGGAAAUACAGAGAAAUCCAGUAAUCAUAGUUCAUGGUGAUGCUGGUAGUCAGAUGCAACUGAAGUUGAACAAGACAAGUUCGCCUCAUUUCUGGUGCUCUAAAAAAUCAGAUUGGUUCACUAACUGGUUAUCAUUAGAAGAACUUCUACCUGAAGUGCUGGACUGUUUCACUGACAACAUGCGACUAGUGUUUAAUACAUCAGAUGGUUCCUAUUCCAAUUCACCGGGAGUGCAAGCACGUAUGCCAUAUUUUGGAGGCACCACAGGAAUUGAAUAUCUUGACCCAUCUACCAAAGAGGUUGGGGAGUAUUUUGCAUCAUUUGUUCAAGGUUUAGUGGAUACAGGUUAUGUACGAGGAAUGUCUAUCAGAGCUGCUCCUUAUGAUUUCAGAAAAUCACCUGAUUUAACUGGUGACUAUUUCAACAAAUUGAAAAAUUUAAUCGAAGAAACAUUUGCAAUCAAUCGUAACAUGCCAGUUGUGUUAGUUUGCCAUAGUCUUGGAUGUCCAUAUUCUUCAAUAUUUCUACAACAACAAGAACAACAAUGGAAAAAUAAAUAUUUACGUUUAUGGAUGACAAUCUCUGCACCGUGGGGUGGAUCUGUCAAGACAUUAAAGUUGUAUGCUUCAGGAUACACAUUUGGUAUUCCACGUAUAGUUAUCAAUCCAUUAAAACUGCGACUAUUUCAGCGUUCAAUAAAAAGCAGCAUAUACCUAUUACCCAGUAAAAAAUUUUGGAAACCUGAUCAUAUAUUUGUAAGGACUGAAAGAAGAAACUAUACAAUUAAUGACUAUGAUGUUUUCUUUAAAGACAUUGGCUAUCCCAUAGCCAUAGACAUGUAUAAACUAGUUCCCCCUGUUUUUACUGAAGAACCCCCCAAUGUUCCUGUAUUGUGCCUCUAUGGUUCUAACAUCAACACUCCAGUAAGUUAUGUUUAUAAAUCAGGUAGUUUUCCUGAUGGUUCUCCAGUUGAAGUAAUGUCCAAUGGAGAUGGUACUGUUCCAUUAAACAGUUUGAAUGGAUGUAAGCGUUGGCAGCAGGAUCAACCAGUUGUUGUUAAAGAUUUUCCAUCAAAUGAGCACAAUGGUAUUCUUAGAAAUAAGACGUUUAUUGACUUUGUUAAAGAUGUCCUUUAUAAUAGUACAUUUUAAUUUAUUCAAUUUACAAAAACUAGUUGAUAAUAAUUAAUUUAUUUAUAAGUGAAUUUUUUAUUUCAUUAUUCUGUUUGGUAUUUAAGAAUUAAAUAAUUUAUUAUACAAUGGGUGAAUAAUUAUAACUAUUUUUUGUUUCUAAAUUGGGGAUAAACUAUAUUAAAUUAUAUAGAAUCUAAGGAAAUUAUAUAAUUGUUUUCAUGUA